AUGAUUGCUGUUAGUUUAUUAGUAUUCUCACUUGUGAGCAGUGUUGCUGGAAAUUGUUUGGUUGGAAAUCGAUGUGGAGCUGGUCUCUGUUGUUCUGCAUUUGGUUUUUGUGGAACAGGCACAGGAUUUUGUGGUGCUGUAACCGCUGCUGUCUAUCCUAACCGUGAUUGUCGUAUAGUAGGUUGUCAAGCAGGUUAUUGUUGUUCACCAUAUGGCUAUUGUGGUGCUACAGCUGCAUAUUGUGGUGGUGCUAUUGCACCUGCUCCAACUGUUGCUAAUUGCCGAGUAACUGGUUGUCCAGCUGGGACAUGUUGCUCACAAUAUGGAUAUUGUGGAAAUUCAGCUUCUCACUGCGGUGUUGUAGCUUACGGUAACUGUGGUUAUACAGCAUGUGGUAGUGGACUUUGUUGUACACGAUAUGGAUAUUGUGGUUCAGGUGCUGGUUAUUGUGCAUUACAAAAAUCAUUAACUGAAAGUAAACCAGCUCCAAUUGAAGGUGAAUUUCAAGGUCAAGCAACAUAUUAUAAUGAAACUCAAGUUGGUUCAGAUUAUUCAACAUGUGGUAUUGAACGUGCACGUUCAUUAGAUGAAGAAGAUCAAAAAAUUUAUAUUGCUGCUCUCAAUCAAGCACAAUUUGAUCCAUACACUGUUGAUGGUAUUCCAAGUAACAAUCCAAUUUGUCAAAAGAAAGCUUUAGUACGAGGUCCCCAAGGUGAAAUCGUUGUUCGAUUUGUUGAUCGAUGUCCACAAUGUCGUGAAGGUGAUCUUGCUUUAAAUGAAGAAGCUUUUCUUGCUAUUAACGGUGAACUUGGUACUGGACAAGCUAAUGUUGAAUGGCAUUUUAUUUAA